UGGGGGGGGGGGAUUUUGUGAGUCUCUCUCUGUUUAUUUUCUUUUUCACGUGGGUCUGUUUGGUUGCUGAGAAAGUUAAAGUGGAGUGGAAAAUAAUGUUUUCACUGAUUAUUUUCUCAUGAUCCGUUACAAAAGUUAUAAUCUUUUUCUUCUGAUUUUCUUGGCUUAUGUAUUAUAUCUCCAGGUUAAUUGAGGCCCCAUUCUCUGGAAGGUCGUGUUAUAAAAGGAUUUGGAUUUUGUAUCAGAAAUUCUGUGAGAUAAAACUGAUUGUUCUUGUUGAUGAUAUAUAGAGAUGAAGAAGCUGUUUUUCUUCAAAUCUUCCUCUAGCAGUAGUAAUAACAAUGCUGCUGUUCCUUCACCGUCGGCGGACAAGCAAGUUUUCUGGGAAAACACAUUGGAAAGUGGGUUGAAUGAUCAACACAGUGAUAAGGCUGAAUACGGUUUUCUCAGUCCUAUACGGUUUUUUGGAAAAUCUCGAAAGCAAAUACCUGAUAGCCCUAGCUUUUGUGACAGUCCAGUUCUUCGAAGGAGUCGUUCUUUGUCAUCAGCAGCCUUUCUUGUUGAUGGUCUAGAACAACAAGAUUUUCCUUCCUCAAAUGAUCAAAAUAGGUCUCCUAAUAUUACUUCACACCAGCAGUAUGAUCAGUCAUCACGGAGAAGAGCUGUUAUUCCCGAGAAAAAGUCUAAGGCUAAACGAUGUGAAGUGGCUGCUAUUGGUUCUUCGAGGAUGCGCCAUGAUUCAUCUGGAAGCUCUUCCUCUUGCUCUAGCAAUGUGUCAAGUAAAGUUGUGGACCGCUAUAUUGAUGGAGAACAGCUGCAGGAAAGUAGCAAGUCAAAGAACAGUUCAAAAAGAAAUAAUUUUGGAAAUGGUGGCGGGAGGUUUCCUCCACGAGUUCAGUAUACAGCUCCUUCGUCUCCAACAGAUAGUGUCAAAGAGAAAAACAAGUUUCAUUCAUUUAGGGAAGCCAAAGGCACGCGUCAUCAGUUCUCAUCUAGAGAUUGGGUGGAAAAUGGAUUUGGGCAUGAGUCACCCCGGAUGAUUGCAAAGAAUGUGGUUGAAAGGCUUUCUCAGACUCAUAUCCCGAGAUCAAGUUCAAAAGAAUUUGAUCUUCAUAUUCCGAUCACCACUGAAGAUGUAUAUGGUGGAUACUUGAAUAGAUGCCCCGAGUCCAAAUUGGAUAUGUUGGCCCAAAAAGGUUGUGUAACAGACGAGCCUUAUGAAAAUGAUAUUGGAUAUCAUGAGGAUUUCUCUGGCUUGGAGAAGCAACAUUGUUUCUUUGGGGGAUGUUCUAAUGGUUUGAACUCUUCCCAAACAGAAGAGGAUAUAGAUAUGGAGUUACAAAGAAGAUCGAAAGAAGCAGAGGAGAGAGUUUUGCUUCUUUCUGAAGCUCUUGGGCAGGAAACCUUUCUUCGUGACAUUGGGUUUAAUGUUUCGUCUCUCAUUGAGACCAUUAGACACCUAUCAGAGGACAAAUUAAACCUGGCACUUGAGGUUUCAGAACUUCUACAGUCUAGAAUUGCAGAGAGAGUGCAUACUAGGGAUGAACUGAGAAUGGCAAGGGCAGAAUUAGAGUCACAGACAAAAAAAAUAGAGACAGAGAAACAUGAGAUACAAUUGGGAUUGGAAAAGGAGUUAGAUAGAAGGUCAAGUGACUGGUCGUCUAAGCUUGAGAAGCAUCGGUUAGAAGAGCAAAGGCUUCGCGAACGAGUUCGGGAGCUAGCGGAGCAAAAUGUUUCACUUCAGAGAGAAGUCUCUUCCUUCAAUGAAAAGGAAACAGAAAACAGAAGCAUGAUGACUUCUUCUGCCGAACAACUUAAAGAGUUGACUAGAAGGGUCGAAAAGCUGAAUGAUGAGAAUGAAGUUCUAAGACAAAAUCUCUCUCAGUCGCAAGAGAAGCAUCAAGCUGCAAUUGAAGAUAUUGAUUGCAUUAGAAGAAAUUUUGAAGAGAAAGAUAAGGAGUGCAAGGAGAUGCAUAAGUCCAUUGCCAAAUUAUUUCGAACCUGCAAAGAGCAAGAGAAAACAAUUGAAGGGUUGCGAGAAGGAUAUAAUCAGGAGAUCGAGAAGAAGCAUUCCAUGGAAAAGAAUGAAGUUUGGGUGAAAAAUUUGCAAAUGGAGCAAAUGAGGUUGACUGGUGUAGAAUUGGCAUUAAGAAGGGAGGUGGAGUCUUGUAGGCAUGAAGUUGAUUCUCUUCGACAUGAGAAUAUCGAUUUACUGAAUCGCUUAAAAGGUAAUGGAAAAGACGUUGGAGCCUUAACCUUCAAGCUUGACAAGGAAAUGCGGAAUCGUGUAUACUAUUUGCAGGAUCAAGGACUAUCUAUGCUUAAUGAGAGCGCUCAUUUGUCUUCCAAGUUAAUUGAGUUCAUCAAAGGAAAAACUAGUCAGCUUCAAGAAACUCAGCAGGGUUUAGAUAGUCAAUUUAUUGUUGAAUCUGAUGUAAAGGUGCAAUGCUUUAAACGUGGAAUUGAAAGCUUAACAAGGAGUUUGCAGACAAUUUCCGCUUUGCUGCAGGAGAAAUCCAAUCCAGUUGCCUCAGAGUCUGACUCGGAAUCUACGAAACUCAAUAACCAAUCUUCAGAAGAGAUUCUAAGAACGGAGCUUAAAUCAGAAACAUUGCUGACAAAUUUGUUGAGAGAAAAGCUGUAUUCUAAAGAGCUUGAAGUCGAACAGUUGCAAGCCGAGGUGGCAGCAGGUGUGAGAGGUAACGAUAUCCUUCGAUGUGAAUUACAGAAUGCAAUGGACAACAUUUCCUGCCUCACCCACAGAUUGAAGGAUCUUGAACUGCAGAUGCUAAAGAAAGAUGACAACAUAAGCCGUCUCCGGAACGAUUUACAAGAAUCAAUGAAGGAACUAUCUAUCUUGAGGGGUAUACUACCUAAGGUUUCCGAAGAAAGAGACUUGAUGUGGGAAGAGGUGAAGCAAUAUAGUGAGAAGAACAUGUUAUUAAACUCAGAGAUUGAGGUGUUAAAAAAGAAGAUAGAAACUUUGGAUGAGGAUAUACUUUUAAAAGAAGGCCAAAUUACAAUCUUGAAAGACACCUUAAGCAACAACAAAAGUUUUAACCUUCUUGGUAGUCCCGAUUUGACUCGAGAAUUCCUCCUGGAAUGAUCGGCUAAAAAGGUUGGUUUUCAGUUUUAUGGGUGGCUGAACAUAUUGUUCAUAGACUUAUAUAGGUCUUUUUAUACUUUUUUGAAUUCGUGUUCUUUGAGGCUGUUUUUUGUCCUUUUCUUUGUUUUUACAUUGUUAAAGUUCUUGGGCGAGCAAAGAAGUGAAGAAAGGGGACACAUUUUCUUUUGUUAUAAAGGUCAUACAAAUUGUAUGUAGUUGGUUUUCGUCUCAUAAAACCAGAUGAAAUUUCUGUCUUUUUAGUAUAUGUUUGGAAUUUGAUUGUUGUGUCAUCCUACAUGUAUAGGCAAAAAUAGAUGCAUUUCUUCGUUCAAGCAAAAGAUCAAAUUGUUAAGGCCUCUUAUUAGAUGUAUUACUGGUUGGACCGACCGGUUUAAUUAAAAUAAUUUUACA